UAUCAUUCGAGCCGACUAUUUGACGCAUUACGUUUGUGUCCAAAUACAAAUUAAUCGAAAACAACACUUUUAAUAUUUAGAGGCCAGAAGAGCAGAUAACCCUGACCAGUGCUUGCUAUUCAAUCUCGAUCUUUGUUCCUUUUUUUUGAUUAAAAGCAUCUUCAAUUGCGAGAGUUUCUUUAGUUUUGUUUUGCUAAUGUUCAGUGUUCCAUCGAAGUAUCUAAUCCUUUCCAUGAUAACGAGUAGUGGAUUUUAAUAAACCGACCUAAUUUACUUCACAUUUACUAACAAAAUUGUUGCGUCUUUGUAUUGUUAUUGAAAAUCAAUUAUGAUUCCUAAACUACUUAUAGAUGUGGUGACCUCCACGGGGAGUAUGAUCGUUGUCUCCAAUCGACUUCCGUUUGUACUCAAAAGGAACGAAGAAGGAAAAUUGGAAAGGACAGCUAGCGCCGGUGGGUUAGUUACUGCAGUUGCACCCGUUGUAAUUAAUACUAAUGGUUUGUGGGUUGGUUGGCCAGGAAUCCAUUUGGAAGAUCCUAACGAGCCAAUCCCGGAAUCGAGACCGGAUGAUAUCACCCCAACAGCUGGACUCAAGUCUGAAAAGGUGGUAACUGUUCAAGUUGAUCCAGUUAAGUUCGACGAUUAUUACAAUGGCUGUUGUAAUGCUACUUUUUGGCCGCUCUUCCACUCAAUGCCUGAUAGAGCCAUAUUUCGUGGAGAUAAAUAUAAAGCUUAUACAGAAGUAAACAAAGAAUUUGCGGACCGUACUUUCGAAGCCCUUAAGAGGUUGGUAAAAUCUGGAGAAGCUGAGAAUGAACCUCCACUUAUUUGGAUCCACGAUUACCAUCUUAUGCUUGCUGCAAAUUGGAUAAGACAAACUGCUGAAGAAGAAGAAGUUCCGUGCAAAUUAGGUUUUUUCCUUCACAUUCCGUUCCCUCCAUGGGAUAUAUUUAGGUUAUUUCCUUGGGCAGAUGAAAUUUUGCAGGGUAUGUUAGGAUGUGAUAUGGUCGGGUUCCACAUUACAGAUUACUGUCUUAAUUUUGUGGACUGCUGUCAACGUAGUUUGGGAUGUCGUGUUGAUCGUAAAAAUUUACUAGUAGAACAUGGAGGUCGGACAGUUAGAGUUAGACCUCUGCCAAUUGGUAUUCCAUUUGAUCGUUUUGUUGAAUUAGCCCAUACAGCACCGAAACUUCUGUCAACAAACCAGAAAAUUAUUCUCGGUGUAGAUAGAUUGGAUUAUACCAAAGGUCUGGUGAACAGAUUGAAGUCCUUUGAAACACUUUUAGAAAAGCAUCCAGAACACAAGGAAAAAGUAUCUUUACUACAGAUUGCCGUGCCUUCAAGAACUGACGUAAAAGAAUAUCAGGAAUUGAAGGAAGAAAUUGAUCAAUUAGUUGGUAGAAUAAAUGGGAGGUUUACGACGCCAAACUGGUCUCCUAUUCGUUAUAUUUUUGGAUGUGUCAGUCAAGACGAAUUGGCUGCAUUUUAUAGAGAAGCAUAUGUAGGUUUAGUAACUCCUCUUAGAGAUGGCAUGAAUUUAGUCGCAAAGGAAUUCGUGGCUUGCCAAAUAAACACACCUCCAGGUGUUCUUAUUGUAUCACCGUUCGCUGGCGCAGGUGAAACAAUGCAUGAAGCUCUCAUUUGUAAUCCAUACGAAAUAGAUAGUGCAGCGGAAGUAAUUCAUCGAGCUCUUACGAUGCCAGAAGAUGAAAGAAUUUUAAGAAUGAACUACUUGAGACGAAGGGAGAAAUUAAACGAUGUUAAUUACUGGACAAAAUCAUUUCUGUCAGCUAUGGGUUCACUUUCAGCUCAAGAGGAUCAUGAUGAAGUCGGAGCAAUUACAAUGCCACAAGUUACCCUUGAUGAUUUUGAUGAAUAUUUGUCCAAGUAUAUUGGAAAUACACAUAAACUUGCCCUUCUUUUGGAUUAUGAUGGUACAUUAGCACCAAUAGCUCCCCAUCCAGAUCUUGCCAUAAUUCCACAAGAGACAAAAAAUGUUCUUCAGAGGCUCUCCAAUCUCCCUGAUUGCUACAUAGCUAUUGUUUCAGGAAGAAAUGUACAUAAUGUGAAAGAAAUGGUAGGGAUUGAAGGAAUUACAUAUGCUGGUAGUCAUGGAUUAGAAAUUCUCCAUCCAGACGGAAGCAAAUUCGUUCAUCCCAUGCCAACAGAAUUUAAAGGAAAAGUUGAAGAUCUUCUGAAAAAUCUUCAAGAAAAAGUAUGUAAAGAUGGCGGGUGGGUUGAAAACAAAGGUGCCCUUUUAACUUUCCAUUUCCGUGAAGUACCAGUAAAUAUCAGAAAUGAUUUGGCAGCAAAAGCAAAAAAGCUUAUUGAAGAAGCCGGUUUUAAGGCUGGCAAAGCUCAUUGUGCUAUUGAAGCUCGUCCCCCUGUUCAAUGGAACAAAGGAAGAGCAUCAAUAUAUAUUUUAAGGACGGCAUUUGGUGUAGAUUGGAGUGAACGUAUCCGAAUCAUAUACUGUGGGGAUGACGUAACAGAUGAAGAUGCCAUGCAGGCUCUUAAAGGUAUGGCUGCUACGUUUAGGGUCACGUCUUCGUCAAUAACCAAGACAUCAGCGGAAAGGCGGUUACCUUCAACUGACUCAGUACUCACUUUGCUCAAGUGGGUGGAAAGACAUCUCAGUCGUAGGAAACCAAGUCUAGACCCUACGUCUUAUCGCAGAAAUUCCAAGCAAUUGCAAGGAGGAGUUCAAAUGGAAAUGAGUUUCCCAGCAGUACCAGUCGAAACAAAAUAAAAUAAUAACAGACUCGGUGAUUUGUACAAAUAAAUGUAGUAUUUUGUCUGAUAUUCGCACAUAAUUUAUGCUAAGCAAAUAUACCAUUUAGACGAAAACAUUGAACAUAUGCUUUGGAAAUGAUUGUAAGAUUUAGCAACUUAUGAUUACUUAUAGUAUAUGGAAAAGUGAAUGUAAAAGCGUCAUUCAUUUCUUAAAACGGUGGCUUAGUUAUCAGACUGAACAAAGAACUAUUAGUACAUAUGGUUCUUAAAAAUAUUCCUAUUUAUUGUAUUUUUAUGAGACAACUUAACUUUUCAAAAUAAUUUACUAUAUAUUUCAUAAAAUUUACACAAACCAAAUACCAAUACGUAUUUUAGGAAGUGUAUUUUUUUCUGUAUUUGUUUUCAGUAAAUAAAUGGCUAAACAAUGU